AUGGGUAUAUGCAGUUCUUGCGAAUCAUCAUCUGCGGUGACGGCCAAGUUGAUAUUCGAUGAUGGGAGAUUACAGGAAUUUUCAUAUCCAGUUAAGGUUUCAUAUGUUUUGCAAAAGAACCCUACAUUUUUCAUUUGUAAUUCCGACGAAAUGGAUUUUGAUGUUGUCGUGUCGGCUGUAAGUCAUGACGAGAUGCUUCAGCCGGGUCAGCUGUAUUUUGCGCUGCCGUUAAGCCGGUUGAAGCGCCGGCUGAAGGCGGAGGAAAUGGCAGCAUUGGCCGUAAAAGCCUCCUCCGCAUUGACCAAGAGUGGUGAUAAAUGCCCGUGCCGCCGGAAAAUAUUGGUUUUUUCCGGUGAGAAUGAUCUGAAGACGGCCCACGUCGGUAAUGCCGGGAUCAGAACUGGGAAGCUGACGAGAAAUUUGAGUGCAAUACCAGAGUAG